CUGCUGCUGCUGCUCUCCAACGACACAACAGAAACCAAGAAAAGUUAAAAGGUCUGAGAGAUCCAUCUCAAGUUAAAGCUACCUGUUGAGUCUUGAUUUCACAUUUUGCUGUGCCUGCACUCAGCGGAGGUUGGCAUGCCCUGGACCAGACCUCAGGUGGACCUUCAUGCCACUGGAGCAGAGGCCAUGGACCAAUACAACAUAGACGACCACCACUUUGAAGGCUCCCUGUUCCCCACCUCCACUCUCAUCCCCAUAACUGUCAUCUGCAUCCUCAUCUUCAUCAUCGGCGUGACAGGCAACACCAUGACCAUCCUCAUCAUCCAGCACUUCAAGGACAUGAAGACCACCACCAACCUCUACCUGUCCAGCAUGGCCGUGUCUGACCUCAUCAUCUUCAUCUGCCUGCCCUUCGACCUCUACCGCCUGUGGAAGUACGUGCCCUGGCUGUUCGGGGAGGUGGUGUGCCGCUUCUAUCACUACAUCUUUGAGGGCUGCACCUCGGCCACCAUCCUUCACAUCACGGCCCUGAGCAUCGAGCGCUACCUGGCCAUCAGCUUCCCCCUCAGGAGCAAGAUGAUGGUGACCAGACGCAGGGUCCAGUACAUCAUCAUCGCCCUGUGGGGUUUUGCCUUGGUUUCUGCUGCUCCCACACUCUUUCUGGUUGGGGUGGAGUAUGACAAUGACACUCACCCGGACUACAAUACAGGGCAGUGUAAGCACACCAACUACGCCAUCAGUUCUGGGCAGCUGCACAUCAUGCUCUGGGUGUCCACAACCUACUUUUUUUGCCCAAUGCUCUGCCUCAUCUUCCUCUACGGCUCCAUUGGGUGCAAGCUGUGGAAAAGCAAGAAUGACCUGCAGGGCCCCUGUGCUCUGGCCCGUGAAAGGUCACACAGGCAAACAGUUAAGAUCCUGGUGGUGGUGGUGUUGGCUUUUAUAAUCUGCUGGCUGCCCUACCACAUUGGCAGGAACCUCUUCGCCCAAGUGGACGACUACGACACGGCCAUGCUGAGUCAGAACUUCAACAUGGCCUCCAUGGUGCUCUGCUACCUCAGCGCCUCCAUCAACCCUGUCGUCUACAACCUCAUGUCUCGGAAGUACAGGGCCGCAGCCAAACGCCUCUUCCUGUUGCACCAGCGGCCCGGACAAGCCCACCGCGGCCAGAGACAGCUCUGUGUGACUGACCACAUCUCCACCCUGAAUGAAAGCCUGACUGGGGUCUGAGGGGCCCCUCUAGAGAGGUGCUUUUACAGGCUUGUUUGACUUCAUCGCAGUGUUUGCAGGCAUCUUUAAAGUUGCAGCUGAAGAGAAAACUUGAUGAAGAUGUGUAGAGGAGGAAUGUUUGCUCCAUUGCACUUCAAUGCAAAAUCAGAUUUACUACUACUCAGCGGCAUUUUGUUCACAGAGACUGGGUGAUGUCACUUUUCAUUUUUUUGGUCAAGACAACAGGAAUUCAGCGGAUUCCAAGCGAAAAAGUUUCCAUUUACGCUUUCCUCUUUCAGUGUUACACCUCAAGCAGAAAUAUUUAACUCCACACUGUGUGCUGCUACAUGUUUUUUCUUGCUUGCUGUCAGCGCUUACAGAACACACACACACACUGUUUCAGUUCACAGUUACCGUCAAUCCACAGCACUGAUUAAUAAUAAGUGAUCCCUCUUUGUUAAAGACAAACGACGUUUGCCACAUUUGAAAUGACUGUUCAUUUAUAAUGUGUAAUUGUAGUCUCAGCUCCACUCUGUCGUAAGAUUGAAUUUGUUUAAUGUAUGGUGAACAA